AUGUCGUGGAGACUGUGUCGAGGCUCUCUGGAGGCGUCAUUGCUACUUGCCAUUGUCUUCUUUCUCCAUGAAGAAAGAAAUGGAUACCAAUGGUGGAGAGUUGAUCUAGUCGAUGCGUACUGCCUGACUAGAGUCACUAUCGUCAACAGAGAUGAUUAUUAUGUAAUGCAGACAGAUGUGGAUCCCAAUGGUAUGACAGUCAGCUGGUCAACAGUGCCCUGUGCUGAUCAUUACAGCGUGCAGUAUGCCCUGACCAACAGGGAUCGUUGUGAAAACUUCUACAUGUAUUUCCCAACGUAUAGUAGCCGCUGCAGUAUGUGUCAGGGAAGCACAACCACUAUAACCAGUCUCACACCAAACUCCCAGUACGCUGUACGAGUCAAGGCUUCUGUAUAUGGUGCGUACGGACCAACAAAAUCAGCACGUUUCACAACAGCAGCAUCAGCACCGACUGGACCACCCACUAUUGUGACACCAGAAUCUCAAGCCCAGAGCAGCCUAGCCUUCUCGUGGAGCCUCCCAGCAUGUGGAAGCCGAGGUGGUGUCAUCACAGGAUACGUGUAUAGGCUUAGUACAAGUGGCGCUGCUCCAGUGACUGGUCAGACUACAGCUGGCUCUGGUGGAGCAGUUACAAUAGCUGGACUUACGCCCUAUACUUCUUACAGUUUUCAAGUUGCUGCAAGGACUAAUGAUGGGACUGGACCGUACAGUGUGGCUGUAACAUCAAGAACACAAGAAGCAGUGCCCACAGUUCCCCGCAAUGUUCACGUCCAGUCAACGGAUAACGCUUCAGUCAGUCUGAGCUGGAGUGAACCAGAUCCACCGAAUGGACGCAUCACACACUACAAUGUUCGCUACUGGAGGAGUGGGGACAUGGGAACCAAGAAGACUGACCCCAAUGUGAUGGGGCUGAUGCAUCGUGUCACGGGCCUUGAAUCCGAUGUGACGUACCUCUUCGCGGUGCAAGCUGUGACGUCUGUUGGUUCAGGCCCGUGGAGUGAACCAAUCGAAGCAACUCCAACCAGAGUUCCUGGACCUGUUGGGAAUCUUAACUUCACAGAGAGGACAGAGACAUCUAUCACUUUGGUCUGGGACCCACCACUACAACCAAGAGGAGCCAUCACUGGUUACAUAGUUGAGUACCGUAUCUUGGAAAGGCCUGAUGAUCAACCAGACUUCACAGCAGAAACCAAGGAAGCUCAGAAUUCACCCUUCACAAUAACCAACCUGGAACCUGGUACUAAAUACGAGUUUAGGGUGCUUGCGAAGAACGAAAUGUUCACAGGAACAGAACACCGAGUGUUGGAGGUUUACACGAAGCCGAUGACAGUGCUAAAGGCAGAAGAUGGCAUUCCUCCUGCGAGUGUCAACGGAAGCAUUAUUGCUGUUGCCACGCUUGGAGCAAUAUUUUUUGGUUUGGUCCUAAUCAUUGUCAUUGGGCGUGUGGUGUGGAGAAGACGAACUCACCAAAAUGACCCAAAUAGUUCUCUAGUAUCUAGAGCGAUUGAGAUGGUUGACAGACCUACAACCUGCGAAAAUGACCCACAAAGUGCCGCCAACACCGAUAACGAGAUAUACGAAGAUAUUCUGCUUCCCGCCUGGGCCACGAAACUGGAAAUCGAAUGGGAUGAUUUGAUCAUCGAUGAUGAGAUUCUUGGUAAGGGUAACUUUGGCGAGGUACGGGCAGGAGGCGUGAGGAUCGGAGGCCAGGUCACCAAAGCAGCCAUCAAAUCUCUCAAAGACAGCUGCACGUCUGAUGCUGCUAUGCAUUUCAAUGCAGAAUUUCAGACGAUGGCGGGCAUCAAACCACACCCUAACAUUGUGCGUCUCCUUGCCGCAUGUUUUCAUGAAGGCAUUCUGUAUGCGGCACUGGAGUUUCUUCCCAACGGCAAUCUUCGUGAUUAUUUGAGGAGCAUUCGCCUGAAGCAGAAAGGAGCUGGCGACUCAAAUGACGGAGCAUCUCCGCUGACUUCUUCAAACUUGUUGAAGUUUGGCAGAGACGUUGCCAAUGGGAUGGUUCAUCUUUCAAAGACAGGAAUAAUCCAUCGUGACUUGGCUGCAAGGAACAUCCUUCUCUCUGAAGAUCUGACCGCCAAAGUGUCUGAUUUCGGCCUAUCCCGAGGAGAAGACAUCUACGUUCAGAAAUCCUCGACAAGGAAUCCCGUUCGGUGGUUGGCCAUCGAAUCUUUGACGUGUAGUGUCUACAAGUCCAAGAGUGAUGUGUAA